AUGGUUGUGAAUUUCAUAGUUAUUAUUCGAGUUAUUAUUAGAGUAAUCGAAUUAGACCUGGAUCAAUUACCAGAAGUAGAUGAGGUUCUUGGUACUUUACGUCAAGGACAUGCACAACUUAAUGUUUGGGUCAGUUUGGCCCUUGACUAUUACAAACAACACAGAAUCGAAGAUUUCAUUAAAGUACUUCAAUCUUCUCGGGACAAUGCUAGUGUUGAUUACCGUGGCAAUGAACAAGAUCAAAUACGUGUGCUCGAUAUGUUGGCUGCAUGUUAUAUGCAGGAAGCCAACAGAGAAAAGAAUAAAGUAAAAAAGAGACAUCUAUUUACAAAAGCUGCCCAAUUACAUACAAAUGCAGAUGAGAUUGUUAUGUAUGACCAGAAUCAUAUACUUAGCAGAGCUUAUUUAUGCCUUCUGGAAAGGGAUAAGAUGAAUCAGGCUGAUAACCAAUUUAAUUUUAUAUUAAAUCUGUCUCCAAACAAUAUUCCUUGCCUAUUAGGAAAAGCAUGCGUAGCGUUUAACAGAAAAAAUUACAGAGGUGCUCUUGCCUUUUAUAAAAAGGCAUUGAGAAUAAAUCCAAAUUGUCCAGCUGCUGUGAGGUUGGGGAUGGGGCAUUGUUUUAUGAAAUUAAAUAAUCAGGAAAAAGCUCGUUUAGCAUUUGAAAGAGCUUUACAGUUAGAUGGCCAAUGUGUUGGAGCAUUAGUUGGACUUUCAAUUAUGCAACUGAAUGAACAACAGCCUGAUAGUAUCAGAACUGGUAUUCAAAUGUUAUCGAAAGCUUAUAUCAUUGAUCCGACUAAUUCCACGGUGUUGAAUCAUUUGGCAAAUCAUUUUUUCUUUAAAAAGAACUAUAACAAAGUACACAACUUAGCCCUCCAUGCAUUUCACAAUACUGAAAACGAUGUUAUACGUGCAGAAAGUUGCUAUCAAUUAGCCAGAGUAUUUCAUAUCGAAGGUAAGUAUAACCAAGCGUUUCAAUAUUACUAUCAGGCCAUACAAUUUGCGUCUCCAACUUUUGUAUUACCACACUUUGGCUUAGGUCAAAUGUAUAUUUAUCGUGAUGAUGUAGAAAAAGCAGAACAAUGUUUCGAAAAAGUGUUGGAAGUUCAUCCAGAUAAUUGUGAAACAAUGAAAAUUCUUGGAUCUCUUUACGCAAAUUCAGGUUCUCAAUCCAAACGCGAUAUUGCUAAAAACUACCUUCGGAAAGUAACUGAACAAUUUCCGGAUGAUAUUGAAGCAUGGAUUGAAUUGGCUCAAAUAUUGGAGGAAAGUGACCAUAAAGCCGCCUUAAAUGUAUAUGGUACGGUAAUUAGGAUUUUAAAAGAACAAAACCAGACAGAUAUACCAUCAGAAAUUCUAAACAAUGUUGGUGCUCUACAUUAUAGACUUGGAAACUUAGAAGAAGCUAAGAAAAAUUUGGAGGUAUCUUUAAUGCGUUCUGAAGCUGAUGCCUUACACGAUCCUGUAUACUAUAACUCAAUUACAGUUACGACAAAAUAUAAUUUGGCUCGUUUAAACGAAGCUUUAUGCAUAUUUGAUGAAGCAGAAAAAUUAUACAGAGCCAUUUUAAAGAAACAUCCAAACUAUAUAGAUUGUUAUUUACGACUUGGCUGUAUGGCUCGAGAUAAAGGAGAAAUUUAUGAAGCGUUUGAUUGGUUUAAGGAUGCUUUAAGCAUAAAUAGCAGGCACCCAGAUGCAUGGAUUCUUAUGGGUAACUUACAUUUGUCUAAAAUGCAAUGGGGUCUUGCCCAGAAGAAAUUCGAAAGAAUUAUAAACGAACCAGAAACAAGUACCGAUGCCUAUUCUUUGAUUGCUUUGGGUAACAUUUGGUUGGAAACGUUGUAUCAAGAUAAAAAAGGUAAAAAUCGAGACAAGAAAUAUCAAAAAAGAGCAUUGGCUAUGUAUAAAAAGGUUUUGCGAAACAAUCCUAAAAAUAUUUGGGCUGCAAAUGGAAUAGGAGCUGUACUGGCGCAUAAAGGUUAUGUAAAUGAAGCUAGAGAUAUUUUUGCUCAAGUUCGAGAUGCAACAGCAAAAUUUCCCGAUGUAUGGUUGAAUAUUGCGCACAUUUAUGUAGAGCAACAACAAUUCUUUAACGCUAUCCAAAUGUAUAUAAACUGCCUUCGGAAGUUCUAUAAAUACCAUGAUGUCGAAGUUUUGCAAUAUCUUGGAAGAGCUUACUUUAAAGCUGGUAAAUUAAAAGAAGCAAAAUUGACAUUAUUAAAGGGAAUAAGAGUAGCUCCACAGGACACUGUUUUGUUAUACAAUAUUGCAUUUGUCCUUCAAUGUCUAGCGAUACAAACUUUGAAGGAUGCGAGAUCCACAUUAACAACUGUGCUCGAGGCAGUUCGCGAAUUGGCACUCUCACAUAAAUACUUCCAAUAUCUAUCAAGGCAUGGUGAUAAAAUACGGCAACUUGCGAACGCAGAAGCAGGGAGCUGUCAAGAUCUUUUAUCGCAAGCGCAAUAUCAUGUUGCCAGAGCUAGACGAUUGGACGAGGAAGAAAAAAUACUUAAGAGAAAACAAGAAGAAGAAAGACAAGUAUUUAAAAUUCGACAAACGGAAGAAAAACGGAAAUCUGAAGAAAUGCGACGACAAAAAGAAGAGGAAAUGAUACAGAAACGUCAAGAGUACGUUGAAAAGACAAAGAACGUUUUGGUAAUCGCUGCAAUGCCUCCAAAAAGACCUAGAGGGAAAGGAAGAAAAGCACGCACUGAUCAAUACGUUAGUGACAAUGGUGGUUCUGAAAGUGAGGAAGGUUGCGAGAAAACUCGUAGAAAAAAGAAACGCAAAAGAAAAGCAAGUGGCGAACAUAAAGAAAAAAGGGGCAAGGAUAAAGGAAUGCGCGAGAAAAAAAUGGGGAAUGGAGAAAAUGAAAGUGAUCGAUCCAAGCCGAAACGUGGGAGAAAAGGGAUUAUUAAGAAAGACAGAGCAUUUCAGAAAAGUACAGCUAAGAUUGCAACAGGAAAGAUGCCUUUAUCGAAGGAAAUUAUAUCAAUGAACAAAUCUGAUAGCAAUUCAGGAGGUACUAAAAUUGCCAGCAGAGGUGAAAGCCGUAACGAAGGUCGCGUACGCAUAAAUAGACGAAUUAUGUAUGACUCACAAGAAUCCAGUACACCAACAUCCAGGUCUAGUUCCAGAUCGAAAUUUAGAAGCCGUUCUAGAAGUAGCUCACGAUUGCGAUCAGAACUUCAACCUCGAUCCGUAUUUCGUUCACCAUUUAGAUCUCGUUCAGGUUCCAAGUCGAGAAGUCAAUCGCGGUCGAAAAGUCCGCCGAGAUCAAGAUCCGUUUCAGCGAAAAGUGGUUCACGCUCAAAAUCAGGAUCGUGGAAGAGUAAAUUGCGAUCAAAAUCAAGUAGUGGUUCGGAAAAAAGUGGAUCGCAGCCAAGAUCAAGGUCGGGAUUUACAGCUAGUGCACGAUCAAGAUCGAGUUCUGCAGAUAAUAUACGACCGAGAGCAGGCUCUGCAAGUAGUCCACGUUCGAGAUCAGGAUCUGCAGUUAGCGCACGACCAAACUCGGGUCCUAUAGCUAGCGCACGAUCGAGAUCAGGCUCUGCACGUAGUGUACGUUCGAGAUCGGAAUCUGCAGCUAAUGCACGGUCAAGCUCAGGUUCUGCAGCUGGCGCGCGAUCGAGAUCGGGUAUUGUAGCUAGCGCACGAUCGAGAUCAGGCUCUGCACGUAGUGCACGUUGGAGAUCAGGUUCUGCAGCUGGCGCGCGAUCAAGCUCGGGUUCUGUAGCUGGCGCGCGAUCGAGAUUAGGCACUGCAAGUAGUGCACGUUUGAGAUCAGGAUCUGCAGUUAGCGCACGAUCAGUCUCGGGUUCUGUAGCUAGCGCACGAUCGAGAUCAGGCUCUGCACGUAGUGUACGUUCGAGAUCGGGAUCUGUAGCUAAUGCACGGUCAAGCUCAGGUUCUGUAGCUGGCGCGCGAUCGAGAUCGGGUUCUGUAGCUAGCGCACGAUCGAGAUCAGGCUCUGCACGUAGUGCACGCUCGAGAUCAGAUUCUGCAGCUGGCGCGCGAUCGAGAUCGGGUUCUGUAGCUGGCGCGCGAUCGAGAUCAGGAUCUGCACGUAGUGCACGCUCGAGAUCAGAUUCUGCAGCUGGCGCGCGAUCGAGAUCGGGUUCUGUAGCUAGCGAACGAUCGAGAUCAGGCUCUGCACGUAGUGCACGUUCGAGAUCAGGUUCUGCAGCUAACGCACGGUCAAGCUCAGGUUCUGCAGCUGGCGCGCGAUCGAGAUCGGGUUCUGUAGCUAGCGCACGAUCGAGAUCACGCUCUGCACGUAGUGCACGCUCGAGAUCAGAUUCUGCAGCUGGCGCGCGAUCGAGAUCGGGUUCUGUAGCUAGCGCACGAUCGAGAUCAGGCUCUGCACGUAGUGCACGUUCGAGAUCAGGUUCUGCAGCUAAUGCACGGUCAAGCUCAGGUUCUGCAGCUGGCGCGCGAUCGAGAUCAGGCUCUGCACGUAGUGCACGUUCGAGAUCAGGUUCUGCAACUAAUGCACGGUCAAGCUCAGGUUCUGCAGCUGGCGCGCGAUCGAGAUCGGGUUCUGUAGCUAGCGCACGAUCGAGAUCAGGCUCUGCACGUAGUGCACGCUCGAGAUCAGAUUCUGCAGCUGGCGCGCGAUCGAGAUCGGGUUCUGUAGCUAGCGCACGAUCAAGAUCAGGCUCUGCACGUAGUGCACAUUCGAGAUCGGGAUCUGCAGCUAAUGCACGGUCAAGCUCAGGUUCUGCAGCUGGCGUGCGAUGGAGAUCGGGUUCUGUAGCUAGCGCACGAUUGAGAUCAGGCUCUGCACGCAGUGCACGUUCGAGAUCAGGUUCUGCAGUUAAUGCACGUUCGAGAUCAGGUUCUGCAGCUGGCGUGCGAUCGAGAUCGGGUUCUGUAGCUAGCGCACGAUUGAGAUCAGGCUCUGCACGCAGUGCACGUUCGAGAUCGGGAUCUGCAGCUAAUGCACGGUCAAGCUCAGGUUCUGCAGCUGGCGUGCGAUGGAGAUCGGGUUCUGUAGCUAGCGCACGAUUGAGAUCAGGCUCUGCACGUAUUGCACGUUCGAGAUCAGGUUCUGCAGCUGGCGUGCGAUCGAGAUCGGGUUCUGUAGCUAGCGCACGAUUGAGAUCAGGCUCUGCACGCAGUGCACAUUCGAGAUCGGGAUUUGUAGCUAGUGCACGAUCAAACUCGAGUUCUGUAGCUGGCGCGCGAUCGAGAUUAGGCACUGCAAGUAGUGCACGUUCGAGAUCAGGUUCUGCAGCUGGCGCGCGAUCAAGCUCGGGUUCUGUAGCUGGCGCGCGAUCGAGAUUAGGCACUGCAAGUAGUGCACGUUUGAGAACAGGAUCUGCAGUUAGCGCACGAUCAACCUCGGGUUCCGUAGCUGGUGCGCGAUCGAGAUUAGACUCUGCACGUAGUGCACUUUUGAGACGGGGACCUGCAGCCCGUGCACGAUCGAGAUUAGGCUCUGCACGUAGUGCACGUUCGAGACCAGGAUCUGCAGUUAGCGCACGAUCAGUCUCGGGUUCUGUAGCUAGCGCACGAUCAAGAUCAGGCUCUGCACGUAGUGUACGUUCGAGAUCGGGAUCUGCAGCUAAUGCACGGUCAAGCUCAGGUUCUGCAGCUGGCGUGCGAUGGAGAUCGGGUUCUGUAGCUAGCGCACGAUUGAGAUCAGGCUCUGCACGUAGUGCACGUUCGAGAUCAGGUUCUGCAGCUGGCGUGCGAUCGAGAUCGGGUUCUGUAGCUAGCGCACGAUUGAGAUCAGGCUCUGCACGCAGUGCACAUUCGAGAUCGGGAUUUGUAGCUAGUGCACGAUCAAACUCGAGUUCUGUAGCUGGCGCGCGAUCGAGAUUAGGCACUGCAAGUAGUGCACGUUUGAGAUCAGGAUCUGCAGUUAGCGCACGAUCAACCUCGGGUUCCGUAGCUGGUGCGCGAUCGAGAUUAGACUCUGCACGUAGUGCACUUUUGAGACGGGGACCUGUAGCUAGUGCACGAUCAAACUCGGGUUCUGUAGCUGGCGUACGAUCGAAAUCAGGCUCUGCACGCAGCGCACGUUCGAGAUUAGGAUCUGCAGUUAGCGCACGAUUAAACUCGGGUUCUGUAGCUGGCGUACGAUUGAGAUCAGGCCCUGCACGUAGUGUACGUUCGAGAUUGGGAUCUGUAGCUCGUGUACAAUCGAGAUCAGGCUCUGUACGUAGUGUACGUUCGAGAUCGGGAUCUGUAGCUCGUGCACGAUCGAGAUCAGGUUCUGCACCUAAUGUACGUUCGAGAUCGGGAUCUGUAGCUCGUGCACGAUCGAGAUCACGCUCUGCACCUAGUGUACGUUCGAGAUCGAGAUCUGUAGCUAAUGCACGGUCAGGCUCAGGUUCUGCACGUAGUGCUCUUUGCGGAUGGGAAUCUGCAGUUAGUGUAUUAUCGAGACAGAGAUCUAUAAGUAGUAUACUAUCAAGUUUGGGAUCUAUAGUUAGUAUGCUAUCAAGUUGUGGAUCUCUACCUAGUGCACGAACAAGCCCGGGUUUUGCAGCUGGCGCACAAUCAAGAUCGGGUUCUGCAGAUAGUGUACGACCGAGUGUAGGCUCUGCACGUAGCGCACGUUCGAGAUCAGGAUCUGUAGUUAGCGCACGAUCAGUCUCGGGUUCUGUAGCUAGCGCACGAUCGAGAUCAGGCUCUACACGUAGUGCUCUUUGCGGACGGGAAUCUGCGGGUAGUGUAUCAUCGAGACAGAGAUCUAUAGGUAGUAUACUAUCAAGUUGGGGAUCUGUAGUUAGUAUGCUAUCAAGUUGGGGAUCUCCAUCUAGUGCACGAUCAAACUCGGGUUCUGUAGCUAGCGCACGAUCGAGAUCGGGUUCUGCAGCUAACGCACGAUCGAGAUUAGACUCUGCAGUUAGUGCACGAUCGAGAUCAUGGUCUCCUAGUGGUUCCAGAAAUGUAGCUUCGCGAUCAAGGUUAAGAUCAAGAUCUGGAUCAAGGAGUGGUUCACAGUCGGAGGGAUGUAUAUCAAGAAGCAGAAGCCGAUCAAAAUUUAAAUUUGUGUCAAGAUUUAGAUCGCGUUCCGGCUCACGGUCAAAGGAAAUGGUUCUCGAAAUCGCAGCCCAAGUGAAUCGGAAAAGUAAAUGAAAAGAAUCUUGGAUUACGUACUUUUUGACUGUUGGCGUCAAGAUGGGGCGCGGCAAUUGGCAAUCGUUCGAACUUAUGAGUAAUUGCGAAUUAUCGUUUAUCGAAGCGCAGUUUAAACGAUCUCUAGAUGGAGCGACUUCAGUGUUUCGGACGUAAUAUCUCCGACAAUUGAAUAUUUGGUUUAUGUUCGGGGGGUAUAAAAACACCUCGUAGUUUUAGUCGAAACCGUGUGUUUAUGUUCUUCACAUUGUAUUUAAAACGAAGUAUUACUUUACGAUGUAAGGUAAUUUUAUGUAAAAUUAUUACGAUUUCAUAUUUUAUCUAGUUCAUUGUAUAAACCGUUUUAAUUUUGACUAGUUAUCUGUUGAUAUUUUGUAUGAUAAGCAAAUAGUUUUAAUUGUUAUUAUACACUUACAUUGUUUAACAUAAAAGAAAUGUUAAGGUUGUGUUAACAACCAACGUAUUGUUUUAUAUAAAAAAUGAUAAAUAAAAGAUUAUAAAAACUGACGGUUUC